UCGUAUUGAUAUAAGGAUCGGUGUUAAGAUUAUGGAUAAAGUUGUGGGUAUUUAUUACAAUUUGUUAACAAUUUAGGAAUAUUUUUUAAAAAUAAUUAUAUUGUUUAAAAAAAGACGAAAAAUGUGGAAUAAACGGUGGGUGAAGCCACAUAUCUUUUUACUAUGAGAGAUAAUUAUGGUGGUCAUGCAAAAUUAUUUAGAUAUUUUAAACUAAGUAAUCAUCAAGAAUUCUUUAAAUUUACAAGAAUGUCAAUGUGGAACAAUUUAACAUUUUACACGAUCUCUUAAAAUCAAAGCUGCAAAAGAAAAGUCGCAGAGAGUCUUUAUCAACAGAAACUCGUGUUGCUGCGACAUUAAGUAUUGUUGCUCUUCCUAGUGGGUCAGAAAUCCAGAAUAGUCUUAAGAAGAAGAAUCUUUCGAAUAUAAAAAUAUCGAAGAAGAAAAUAUAAUCCAUGCGUAAUCAUGGAAAAUAAGAAUAAAAUACAAUAUCUUAUUGUUGAUACAAGCGCUUUCAUAAAGAACGCUGCCUUACAGGAUAUUGGAGUUAAUAUUUUGACCGAACAAGCUGUUAUCAAUGAAAUCACAAAUAAGAGACAGUUGAGAAAAUUGAUUGUACUACCGUAUGACUUAAAGGUUCAGGAAGUUUUUACUGAAAAUAUUAAAUUUGUGACCGAGUUUUCAAAGAAGAGUGGCGAUUAUACUAGCCUAUCUGCUACUGAUCUUAAGGUAAUUGCGCUGACAUAUCAGUUGGAAAAAGAAAAAGUUGGAUCGGCCCAUCUGAAAGAGAUUCCAACAAUAAGAAUUAUUAAAUCUACAACUGAUAAAGAAAUCAGAGAUGAUUUUAAACUGCCAAUUGGAUUCUACAUGCCGAAGAAAAAAGAGAAAAAUGAAGUGAUUACAGAUAAUGUAAAGGCUUCUUUGAAUAAUACGGAAAAAACAGAUGUUAUUGAAGAAAAUAUCACACACGUACAGGUUAUACGUGAUUCGGCAAUAGAUGAUACAAUAAAUGGCACAGAAAUAAAUAAUGUGGAAAAACAAUUUACUUCUUACACAUCUGCAUCUUCGGACGAAUCACAGUCAGAUUACGAAACAGCAUCGGAUAAAGAAGAUGAUAAAACAAAUGAUUUAGCUGAUAAAUUUUUCAAACUAAGGUGCGAUCCAACUGAUUUGGAAGUAGAGGGUAUGGGCAUGUAUGCCAUGGAUGACAUUCUUGCUUCUAUUGAUACAUCCAAAAGUGACGAAUCAUUUGAGGAUAAAGAUAAAGAUGACGAUGACAGUGGUUGGAUCACACCAGCAAAUGUUUCCAGCAUAAAAAAGCAAAUGGAUUCGGAAAUUCUUGAAGAAAAGGCUGCGACUGUCGCGUGCUUAACCAUGGAUUUUGCAAUGCAAAAUGUACUCAUGCAAAUGGGAUUAAAUGUGGUUGCAUUAGAUGGCAGAGUAAUUAAACAGAUGCGAACAUUCAUAUUCAGAUGUUACGCCUGUUUCAAGACCACUAGUAUCAUGACAAAGAUCUUCUGUCCACAUUGUGGUAAUAGGACGCUGAAGAAAGUAGAAGUCACAUUAGACGAGAAUGGAAAGCAACAAAUUCAUAUCAAUUUUCGACGAUCUCUUUCGGCCAAAGGAAAGAGGUUCUCAUUACCAACGCCGAAAGGUGGGAAACAUGCUAAUAAUCCCAUUUUAUGUGCGGAUCAACCAAUGCCGAAACAACGCCCAUCACGUUUGGCACACAUAAAGAACGAUCCGCUCGACGAUGAUUAUAUAGCUGGGUAUUCUCCAUUUGUUAUGCGUGAUAUAAAUUCGAAGUCAGCUAUGCUGGGCAUAAGGCCGGAUGGUAUUAUCAAGUACUGGAUGAAAAGAAAUCCUAAUGAAUCCAAAAAGAGACGAAAAUAAAAACUGUUUAUUAUUAAAUCAACAUUGUUAUUUUGGGGUUUUAUGAAUUCUUCAUCAUUACGUAUAAUGAUUCUGUAAAUGGCUACAUUUAAUCGUUCUUUAGUAAAUUAAGGAGUAUUCAUAGAAAUGUCUAAUUUUUUUUAUAUAAUGAAGUUGAAGUACCGAAAUUGACGUAUGCAAAAUUCUACGGUAGAUUAACGAUGAAAUAAGAAAAAAAAUGUUGGAAAUGUAACCUUUCACGUAAAACAUAGUGACAGACAUAAGAUUCGCAGACGCUUCUUUGAUUGACUGUACUUUGGAACAUAUACUACUGAAGAGGAAUUGCCUAUGCUGGUCUGUAUAUCAAAGUGAAGCCAACAUCUGUGCGAAAGAGAAAGGUAGAGAAGUCCAAUGUUUGCAAUGCGCAUGCGUUAGUACUGUCAUAUGCUGUCAUCUGUGUGAAUUGUAUGUAUGUUGCAUUAGUGUUUCUUACACACUGAUGUUGUAAGUUACGAUUGUACAAACGUAGAAUGAAAGUGGAACGUGAACUGCGCGGGAAAGCACAAAAAAAUGAAUAGUUUUUGUGUACGAUUCAUCUAUAGUCGCUGAAAUCUGACUAUAAAAUACUCAAUAACUUCUAAAUGGCUGAUCUAAAAUGGAUAAAAUUAUAGUAUUUUGAAAAGGUCUCAACAAGAACUAUGAGUUCUUGUUCCAUAUCUUGAACAUUAUAUAUAUGAUAAUAUAUAAUUACAUGUAAAAUAUAAUUAUAUGUGGCACUAUAUAUAAUUAUAUAAGGAACAUAAAAUAUUCCGAGACGGCAAAAUAUUAGCGACUAUAGGUGAAUCGUACACAAAAACUGUUCAUUUUUUUGCGCUGAGACUUUUACGUUUUCUUUAGCAGGUCAUAAGCUAUAACAUAUGUGAAAACCAUUUGAUUUCACCGGGACUCAAUUUCAUAUAAGAUUAGUGUGGGGUUCUUUUCAGCACUUUACUAAAAAACCACCUUAAACUACAAAUUACAUUAUAGUCCAUAUGAAUGUAACGGUGAUGGUGGUGGUUAGCGAAACGAAUGUGUAUAUGUCUCCACUGCAUACAUUCUGA